GUUGAAUGGUCGUGAUUAGUUUAGUCCUCUUUUCGCCUCCCUUUCUCCCUCGCUACUCUCUCUCUCAUCAGCUGAGAGAAAGGGAGACGCCGAAGAGAGAGAGAGAGAGAGAGAGAGCGCGAGUGAGGGAGAAGAGGGGUUUGUUUACUCUGUACAGGACAAAUGCCAGCAUUAAAAAUGAAGGCCAAAUCUAACCCCGAGGGUUUAAGAGGACAAAGUCUCCAGGUGAGCAACAAAUCAUGUAAAAUAUCGAAAAGUUCAUCUCAGCAAGUCAGAAUAUCUCAACAAACUGCAGAGUUGGACACUGAUCUUCAAAAUUCUCAGGAUGUUUAUUCCAACUUCGAAGCAUCUCUACAGGGGAUGGGAUGUGAUGAAGUUGUUGAUGACCCAAAAUUGGUCAAUGGGGCAACCCUUCAAUUGCAAGAGUCAUCAUUGUCUUCAGUUGAUUCUGCAGCUGUUUCUAGAAUGCAGGAUUUCCCAUCAGCCUCAUGCAAUCAAGACUUGGAAACAAUCUUCUCACCUGUUUUGGAAUCAUCCUCAUUCCCUUCAAACUUGGAAACAAUAUUUUCACCUAUUUUGGAGACCAAUGAAGUUCACUAUAUACCAGAAAUUUACAACUAUGCAGUUGGGAGUGAUGAGGAACCUGAUGUGCCACAUUUGAUUUCUGACGAAAGUGAUGAUGGUAGCAGUAGCUCAUGUGGAUAUCAAACAUGCAAUAUAUCGGAUUUCUUUAUGUCUGACAUGAGUCCUGCUGGUUUAUCUUUCUAUGGGAACGUAGGAUUUGAUGAUGUUGCAGAGGCCAAUUCCUUUCUUGGUUACAACUGUACGGAUUCUGAUAUGACAUCUGAUAUGACUGAGAGAUACAUGAUACUACCUUUCCUUGAGGAAACUGCCAGACCAAGCAACGUACCUGAUGAAGAGUUGUGUGAAGAGGUGGUGAUGAAUUCAGAUGAUUCAUGUUUGUAUCUGGCGAUCCAUAAGAUGAAAUCCUCUGGCCAGGAGCCUGAUGUUAACUCUAACUCUGUUGACUCGGAUGAAGGGGAUUGUUUUGAGCCACAUUUGUUUAUCAAAAACUUUCCUGACCUAUCUGAUGUAGUUCCAUCAUUUAGGCCUAUGUUGUUGCCAAAGGAAACACGGAAAAGGAAGUCAAUCACCCUAGUACUUGAUCUGGAUGAAACACUCGUUCACUCGACCUUGGAACAGUGUGAUGAUGCAGACUUCACCUUUCAGGUUUUCUUCAACAUGGAAGAGCACACUGUUUAUGUGCGACAAAGGCCUUAUCUCCAGACAUUCUUGGAGAGAGUUGCAGAGAUGUUUGAAGUUUUUGUCUUUACGGCCAGUCAAAGCAACUAUGCUGAACAGCUUCUGAAUAUACUGGAUCCAGAAGGAAAGCUCAUCUCUCGACGUGCUUAUCGUGAAUCAUGCAUUUUUUCAGAUGGUAGCUACACUAAAGACUUGACAGUGUUAGGAGUUGACCUGGCAAAAGUUGCCAUAAUUGACAAUUCACCACAGGUUUUCCGGUUGCAAGUGAAUAAUGGGAUCCCUAUUAAAAGUUGGUUUGAUGACCCAUCUGACCGUGCACUAAUUUCAUUGCUUCCCUUCUUAGAGACGCUGGUUGAUGCUGAUGAUGUCCGUCCUAUCAUUGCAAAGAGAUUUGGUAAUACGGAAUAGCAGACCUCUGUUCUCUUCCUCCGUUAGCUUAAAUUUAACAAUCCUGCAUCUCUCUUCUCUCCUCAAGAAACAGUUGGAUACAUCGAUAUAUUAAAUCCUCACUCCCUUUUGAGCUAUCAGAUAAUUAAUUAUACGCCAAGUAUAGCUUAUUGAGUUGACCUUUGGUAUUUGCCCAUCUUUCUUCCCUACUCAGAACCGGGCCUAGGAACGACCAGCAGUCGGGGCCCGCAAACGUGAGCUUUUAAGGUCAUUUUUCGCUCGUGUUUCAUGCGUGCCUGUAUGAAUUGCAUAAGUCAUUGUACGCUCUCUUUGAAUAGUCGUAUUCAUGUCUUCUGUCUAGAUCUAGUUGCCUAGAAUUUCUUUUUUAUUUUUUACUGUGCAGAUAAAAGUGCAGUUGUUUCCAUACGGGUGUGUAUAUGGAUGACUUUGCAGUGUAAUAAAGCUGUCGUGGACUGGUUUGCUUC